AUGACUGUCGCAACGGUUGCAAACAACCCACCGUUUGGCCCCAAUGUCAGAGUUGCCGUCAUCGGUUCUGGAAUAAGCGGCAUCUCCACCGCAGCCCACCUCCUACGACAAGGUGUAAGUGCCACGGUCUUUGAAAGAUCAGGGGAGCCAGGCGGGAUUUGGAAUUAUAAAGAAACCCCUUCACCAGGCCCGAGCUACCCAAGCAUCCGCCCGUCUGCCAACGAUUAUGGCCGCUUGGCCCCUAAGCAUGAAGGGAUCAGGAGGACCGAGUCCUCCGCCGGCCAAGAUGCCCUUUCUCAUGCCCAUGAGGUCCGAGAUGGAGAUUCGCUCUUUGCACCGUCUAGUGCCUGCUAUGCGGGUCUAUACACAAACAUUCCCACCAGUCUCAUGUAUCCCAGUUUGAAAUCCUGGCCAGAGGACACCCCCAACCUAGUUCCGCAUUCGGCCGUCAAAGGCUUUCUACAAGAACUAAGUGUUGAGUCUGGUGUUAAUCAAGUCACGGAAUAUUGGACCAGAGUGGAGAGCGCAGUCAAAAAUCGGGAUGGGCAGGGUUGGCGUCUUACGACAAAAACCCUAGUUACGGACGGAGACAAGGCUGUUGAGAAGAGUUGGGAUUUUGACGCGGUGGUGGUAGCUUCUGGGCACUACAAUCUCCCCCGUGUUCCCGAUAUUCCAGGACUCGCAGAGCUUAAAGAGCUUUAUCCGGGUCGUGUCGUACACUCGAAACAGUACAGACGACCCGAGGCUUAUCGAGACAGUGCUGUUUUGAUUGUGGGGGGCGGAGUUUCUGCGAUGGACAUCAGUCGAGAACUGUCUCAUACCGCCGCUAGCGUUACUCAAAGUACUCGUGGUGGUGACUUUGAUCUUCCCGAGAGAUUGAUUCCCAAGUCUGUUAGGCGCGUUAAAGGCUUCUCCAAGUUCUCUUGGGCUACAGACUUGGCCCACUCGGGUCAGAGUCAUCGAAACGGUCCUAUCAAUGUCACGCUGAGUGAUGGAUCUGAACUGCGAGGUCUUCAUCAUGUAAUCUUGGCAACUGGUUACCUCUUCUCGUUCCCCUUUCUACCUCAAUUCCACUCCGACAAAACGCCAGCAGCGGCUGUCGACUCGAAGACGCUCGUCGGGGCAGAGGGCGACAUGGUUCACAACCUUUACAAAGACAUGUUCUACAUUGACGAUCCUACGUUGGUGUUUGUCGGCCUUCCAUACCAUGUUGUCACGUUUUCCACCUUUGAUUACCAGGCGCAAGUUGCUGCACGGGUCCUAUCCGGGCUGUCAUCCUUGCCUAGCAGAGCACAAAUGCGGUCAGAGUACAACCAACGAGUCAAAGCGAGCGGAUUUGGCCUCCGAUUCCAUAGCCAGGUCGAGGGAGAUGCUGAGCUAAGAUAUGUAAGAGAGUUAAUAGAAUUGGUAUCUCAAAAGGACAAAGGGUCAAGUGAACCUCUUAUGGCACCUAGUGACAAGUGGCUUAAGAGCUAUGCUGCAUUCAAGGCGGGAUUAAAGGGUUAA